UUUAACAAAUCCAAAUUUUAAAAAAAAAAAUCUUAAUCAAUUGUCGAUCUAGAAUCUGCUUUUUCCUUUUUUUUUUUAAUUGAUAAUCAUUAGCUGGACACUGCUUAUAAACCAAAGCUAAAAGCAAAGCAAAGCAAAAUUUAGCAUUAAUGGAGAGAAGCAAAGUGACGAGGAUGUUAAUGAUAGUUCUGGGAUUGGCUUUAGUACUGUUAAUGGCCGAUGCUACAAGAGGUGAACAAGGCGGACUACGAGUCAUGCAAUGCUGAUCAUCCACUUCACAACUGGACGACUGAACCCGGAAGGGAUGUUGUUCCACUAAACGUCACUCGGAAUUACUAUUUCAUUAGCGGCAGAGGGUUCUGCUAUGGGGGCAUGAAGGUAGCAGUUCGCGUCGAGAACCGGCCUCCUCCUCCAACAUCUGCUCAGUUGACUGAAAAGAGUCACUCCUCAUCAAGUCCGAUUGUCUACAUAGGCCAACUUGUUUUACCAGCUAAUUUCAUCAUUGCUGCAUUAUGGGAUGCGUUUACCCGAAUUUGGUACUUUCCAAAAUUGAGAUCCAACGUAGACAGUUCCUUCGUUGUGAAACGAGUCGAGUUCAAUCAUAUUUUAUAUUUCAUUUCCUUAAUUGAUUCAUACGUUAUUGAUUUUCAUUUCACAUUUUAUCUAUAUAUUUCAAAUUAAAAUAAUAAGAGAAAAAAAAUGAAAUAU